UAUUAUUCCCAUUUCACCAAUAUGAGCGCCAAGGACAAGGAAAGCGCCCACCACGACGAGGACUACCAACAAUUCCUCCGCCGCCUCGGCAUCGUGGUCCUGACCUUAAUCAUCAUCCUGGGCAUUGUCAUCUUCAUCGUAUGGGCCGUCCUCCGCCCCACAAAGCCCAAUUUCAUCCUCCAAGACGUCACCGUUUUCGGCCUCAACGCCUCAUCCUCCCCAAAUCUCUUGUCCCUCAGCAUGCAAGUCACCAUCUCUUCCCACAACCCCAACGACCGCAUCGGCAUUUAUUACGUCACCAUGGAUGUCUAUGGCGCAUACCGUGGCCAGCAGCUCACUCUUCCGACUCUCCUCCCUUCCACAUACCAAGGCCACAGAGACGUCGUCGUUUGGUCCCCUUUCCUUAGUGGCGAUGCCGUCCCCGUGGCCCCUGACGUGGCCUUGUCCUUGCAGCAGGACCAGAACGUUGGGGCGGUGUUGUUCAAUGUGAAAAUAGACGGGCAGGUGAAGUGGAAGGUUGGCACCUGGAUUUCGGGGAGGUACCAUUUGAACGUUAACUGUCCCGCGUUUAUUAAAUUUAGGAACCCUGACCACGCCAUCGCUGUGGGUUCUGCCAUGAAGUUCCAGAUUGUCCAAAGCUGCAACGUUGAAGUCUGAUCACCUUAAUUCAUUCAACCCAUUUUUAUCUUAUUAUCCCUAUGCUUAGUUUACUAUUUUUUUUCUUUUAAAAUUAAGUUGCAAGAAAACAUGUGUCAUUGGAAAA